AUGAGGUCCCGGCUUUUGCUUUCCGUGGCCCACCUGCCCACAAUUCGGGAGACCUUGGAGGAGAUGCUGCCCGGUGGGCCUGGAGAGGACCCCCCCGCCUCCCCUAGCCUGGAUGACUACGUGAAGUCCAUCUGUCAGCUGGCGCAGCCCACCUCAGUGCCGGAUGAGUCUGCAGGGAGGGUCCGACCCAGUAGACCCCACCGGCCAGCCCGUUCCCGUGAGAAGAGCUGCACCACUGGGUCCCUACAGGACAUCACCACCCGCUUCAGUGGCCAGCAGCCCACACUGCCUGGGGCCAGCACUGUGGACCCCCUGGACUGGCUCUUUGGGGAGUCUCAGGAAAAUCGGCCAAGUGGGAGGGACAUGCCAAGGAGGACUGGAUCCUCUGCUGACCCCUGGGCUUCAUGCAGACAGACGGACAGUGGCAAGGCCCGGGGGUGCCCCAGAGGGAGGCUGAGUGAUGUCAGGGCUCCAGGGCACUCUCUGCUGAGACUGCAGAGGGACUGGCACCAGUGCUCCCAGGCUUCUGGGCAACUUCGCCAGGAUACAGUUUCCCCAACAAGCCCCCGUCCCAGCAGCGUCCUUAGAACUCUCUAUUUGCACCUCCCCGUGAUCCAUGAACUCUGA